AUGAUAAGCCAGGUACUAAGUCAAAGCUCUUUGCUAGUUCUCUUGCUUCUUAUAUCGAAUGUUAACGCAUUCUUCAAUUUUUUCCAUCAAGAGGAUCAGAGACCGGCUGAGAAGCCUUAUGAAGAACAAGUGUUGAACUCUGAUUGCCGAGAAUACGUUUGUCCAGCAACUAAACAAUGUGUCAAGAGUCCAAUAGAGUGUGACUGUCCGUUCCCAUCUUCUCAGAUCAAGUGUAUAUUACCGGGGAAAACUAAUUAUGUGUGCAUUUCCAAACCAGCAAUAGUUGAUAACGAUGAGCUCCAGAAAAAAUAUGAUGACCCACAUAAGGCAUCCAAAGAACGUAAUAAAGGCGUGAGAGAUUGUGGUUGGGUGAUAGAUGCUUGGAAUGGUGAUAUAUAA